ACAUUUUUGAGGUAGUUGUGCCUGCGACUACGACCUUGGUAGAGUUUAUCGAGCGGCCUGGAAUUCCAACCAUGUUGGUGGACGCUUUCAUUAACAGUCACGGCGUCUACGUCGACACCUCGCUCAGCAUAGUUUCAAGAAUUUCGUCCAAAGGCGAGGUUAUCACGGUGCAAGCACCUGGAAAAUGCCUUGCUGAAGCCGAUGCGACCGGAUAUCUCAAGGAUCGGCUGCAGCGGAACAAAGAGCAGAAUCUUGAGGAAGUGCUGCUUGAGAGCAAGACUCGCUCGAAAGGCUUUCGGCGUGCUUUGGUGGUUGACGAAACCAGGCCGCCCCUUCCAAUUGGUGGUGAAACCUCACCUCAAGCCAGGGAGGCGCCUGUGGUAGCAAUUUUUACCAACAAUGCAGAAGAACGGGAAGCAGCUUUGGACGCUCUCCGUGCUGCAGGUGUAUCCUUUCACAUGGUAGCUGCCAUGGGUGGGACCGCAUCAGGCUUAGCCUACGCCAACAUGCUGCACAAUUCUGAUCUACUUGGACCUUCGCUUGUAGCAUCUAUGCCCCGGCGACCUUCGAAGCUUUGCACAGAUAAUGCAAGAGUAUGCAAGAGUGAAAUCGGUUGAAGCAAGUUCCACAAAACUCGCAAUCAAAGUGGACCAAGG